AAUUGAAGCAGCAAUGAUGACAGUGUCAACGGUGACAGUAAUAAAAAUGGAUCGUUUUUUCUUAUAUUAAUUAAAACGAAAUAAAGAACGGAAUGUCUUCGUGUCGUCUGUGAGCGUGGUGUGUUGUACGGUACUUAUUUAUCGACCAAAUUAUGUCUACCCGAUCGCAAUUAACGAAAGAUUUAAACGACAGCAUCAAAGUACUGUUGGGAAAACAAGUAAAAAUCUUGUUUAAAAAUGUUGUUAAAUUGGAAACGAAAGGAGAUAAAACUGAAAAUAGAGUUUUGGUUUUUUCACCAUGUCGAAUCUUACUACUCACUGCCAAGGUGCCAACUCGGAUUGACUGCCACUUCCAUUACUUGGAAGUACAAACGUUAGAAAGCAAACGAGGUAAUCAACUCAGUAUAACGGUUAAUGAUAAAAUCUACUCAUUUUUGGCCGGCGAAGACUCCUCCUGUAGCACUGAAGUGGAUAAUAUGAUAUCGGCGCUUGCUACGGCAGUAAGAAACAUAUUUCCUACUGUUCCUUUACAGUAUAUUAUUCGGAAGAUUGAUGUAAUACCCACAUCGAGAUUACAAGUUUUAAGAGACAUCGAAGCCGUUGGAAGUAACAUAAGGGAAGUAGGCCCAUGCGGAGGUUUUUCAAAUCAAUAUGCUUGCAUGUGCGAUUACCACAACAUGCCGUAUCGAGAGGAAGUCGCUUGGGACGUCGACAAUAUUUAUCUUUCUCUAAACACUAGGGAGUUAUGCCUUAAGGAUUUUGAUUAUUUAGAUCAAAAAGAUUUAGUGCCUAUUAUAAACGCAUUGGAAUACAAUACAUGGUUCACAAAACUUAGGGCUAACCAUGUACGAUUAUCUCACGAUAACAUCGAAAAGGUGCUUCAAGUGAUCAAAAAAUCGCUUAGUUUGGAAGAGAUUUAUUUAGAUAGUUUAGGUUUGAAGUCGUGUUUUGUGAAUAAAUUGCAUAAUGCUAUUAAAGGAAACGCUAUUAUUCCUUUAAGUAUUAUUGAUCUUUCAAAUAAUCCAAUUGAAGAUAAAGGUGCUAAUUAUUUAUCGGGUUGUAUCGUAAAAUUAAAUAAGGGAUUAACACAUCUCAACAUGUCACAUACAGGACUCUCUUCGAAAGGUGUAAAUUAUUUGGCUCAAGCGUUUAUUAACCGUAGCAGUUUGUAUACGACUCUUACUUAUUUAAAUUUAAAAGGAAACAAUCUUAAAGAUGAUAUUAGCAGUUUACAUACAUUUUUGAGUCAUCCCAAUGCCAUAACUCAUCUCGAUCUCUCUUCAACUGAUAUUUUAUUAGAAACUUUAUUUGGUGCUUUGGUGAAAGGUUGUACAACCAAUUUAGUUGAUUUAAACAUCUCGAGAAAUCCGUUUAGCAGCAAAAAAUGUAAAGAGGCUCCGUUAUCGUUUAAACAAUUUUUUAGCGCAACUAUGAAUUUGAAAUAUUUAAAUAUGUCUCAUUGUAAAUUACCACAAGAGGCUUUAAAAAACUUACUUCUUGGUCUUGCUUGUAACGAAUUUACUAAAGAAAUCACAUUAGAUAUUAGUAAUAAUUCGUUGGGUAGCCAUGGUGCUCACGUUUUAGAAUCGUGCGUGCACGGAGUCAGGUGUAUAUCUAGUCUUGAUAUUUCUGAUAAUAAUAUGGAUUUAGAAUUAGGUGCCGUUGUAAUAGCAAUUAGUAAAAAUAAAUCAUUAAAACAUUUAAGUAUGGGUAGAAACAUGAUGAAUAUGAAAGCGAAACACAUCGUGACGGUUAUGGAUGCGGUCGUACAAAUCAUCCAAGACGACGAAUGCCUCCUACAAACACUCCUCAUGCCUGAUUGUCGUUUAAAAUCGGAUCUUCACAAUUUCUUAAACGCCCUCGGUGAUAAUAAAUGUCUCGAAACAAUCGAUAUAAGUGGAAAUUUAAUCGGAGAUUCCGGGGCGAGGCUUUUAGCGAAAGCGCUACAAAUCAACACGAAAUUAAAAACAAUCAUUUACGAUCGAAAUAACAUUACUUUACAAGGUUAUAACGAUUUAGCAUACGCUUUAGAGAGUAAUCGAACCGUACAAUACAUGCCAUUUCCGAUUAACGAUAUAACUCCGUGUAUGAAAGCCUCUUCAGCCGAAAAAGCGGAUAUAGUGAUGCGGAAAAUACAGGAUUUAUUAAAUAGGAACGUUUCGCCUAGUAGUAAACACGAACGCAACAAGCAUAUGUCGUUGCAACCAGGAUUUUUAUUAAGCUCAAAACAACACUCAAUCGAUCGCUUGGUUUUACAAACUCAGGAUAUUAUUAAGAAUUUGGCAUCCGAAUCGAUCGCCUCUAACAACGAUAUUAACCACGCUACCGGUGUUAUUCAAGAUGCCGAGAAUUGUAAGCAACUUUUAAAUCGAUUGCAGGAAGUUGCCCAACAAAAGGAUGAGGUGCAUCCGGUUAAGGUUAAGUUGCAACAUUGUGCGAUGGAAAUUCAUACUAGUAUUAAUGAUUAUUUAUUGACCACAACGGAUAAAAUGAUUAAAUCAAGCAAAGACUUGUGUCCGUACGUUUUAAAUGAAAACCAUGUCAUUCAAGAUAUCAAAAAAGAUUGUAAAAAUAAAAAACAAAUUCCUUUGGAUUUUGUGGUUAAUUGCGUUAAACAUCAAGCUGGAACGGAUGUUAUGAAUAAAUUGGGCGAACUAAACUUAAUCAUAGCAGCUUUCAUUUCCGAACAAGUAACGGAUGAAGUUUACGAGGCUUUAAUGCGUAGCUAUAAAGUUUUACUUGGCGAUUCGACCGGUUUAAAAAUGGAUUCUCCAAUUAGAAGAUCCAGAUUGAGCAGCUCUGAUAGUUCUAGGCACGGCGCAAGUGAUAUUUCAAUCACUGAUAGUAGUCAUCAAUCGGAUCAUUCACCUCUGAAAUUGGAAUAUUUAAACCUUGCAACUCCUCAUCUAUCUAUUAAAAGAAAAAACGUUCACGCAAGAAAACUACGUCCGAAAUCCGUCGUGGACAGCGUAGAAGGUCUCUCAGCGGAUGACAUCCCCAGUUUGCUUCCAACUUUACCUGCAACACCUCGUAGCACGGAAGAAGAAGAUUCCGUAACGGAGUUACCAAACGCAACUUAUCAACUUCAACAUUUGGUUAAAGGACGACCACGUCGCGCUAAAACGCGAGCUCCCACGCGGCCGCUUAUCAAAAGUACUGAUGUUAUAGAUUCCGUUGCAACGGGUCACGAUUUAAAUGAAGGAUUGGAUACGUUCUUUCGACCCGGAUCUUGCACCCCCACUUCCGACGAUUGUAGCAAUUCUUUCCAAGCCGAUGGUAGUCCUAAUCAUGGAUUUUCAUCACCGGUUUUAAACGAAGAUAGAAAAACGCCGAAAUUAAGUAGGAAUUCCCCGUUAUUUAGAGGUGUUUUAACACCAACUCCCAGAUCGCGUUCAACGGAUAACCUCGAAAAAUAUUCUCCAACCCCCUCAAAAAAAUCAUUUUCCCAAGAUAACGCGUCACCAUUAACUAGAAGAUUAACCGGGGAUAGUUUGUUAUCUCAAGGUAGCAGCGAUGGAAGUAUUGCGACGGAAAUGAAUAUUCCCGUCGAUCAUUCGUCUUCUUCGAGUUCAAUAACGAAAGGAUUAUCAACAGAUGGGUUGAAAUCAUCAAAUGACGAAACGGAAUCUUUAAAACAAUUUAAAUUGAAAUCGACUCCGACCCCUUCAACAAAACAACGGCCGUGGUCUAUGGUUAGUUCGGAACAGCAUAAAUCAGGUGAUUUGCUGAGCGACGGGAGCUCCCCGAUAACAUCCACGGGGAAUACCCCGGAUUCGGGAGAUGCUCUCGAUAGUUCUGAGUCUUCUAUCGACAAACGUAUUGAUUUAAAGGCGAAAAAAACAGGCUUGUUGCAAAGUUAUUUUCCAGAGCGAGGUGAUAUUAAAAUUUUGCAACGCGGAAAGGUGAUAACGACGGGUGAAAGACCAGCUCAUUUAUUGUCAUCGGCGAAUUCAAAACGCGACAACAACCACAACAACUGUAGCAGGGAAGACGUACAUUUACGUUAAAACUUCCUAUUUAAACUAUAUGUAACAAGAAAAUGUUUCGAAAAUAUUUUAUUAUUAAUUUUUCAAUUUCCUUCAUGUUUUCUGUGUAUUA